CUUCAUGGCUGUUGCUGAACCUCAUUAUAAAAACCAACCGUCACCGGCAGCUUUGGUGUAAUCCAUUGGUACACACCUGAUAAACAGAGAGAAUCAAAAGAGUCAUAAUGAACAAAAAGGAUAAAAAUGGAGCAGGUAAAGGUGAGGGGAGGACGGAGGAGGACAGCAUGAUGCUCAUGCAGAAAAGAGCUCAGGCUGAGGAGGAGAAGGCCAGGAAGAAAGAGGAGAAACAAACUCAAAUUCUCAAGGGCCACCUGGAGGAGUAUAAGAAGAACAUGAGGGUUCACAUCCAUCAGGUGAACGCCACCUGGAGGCAGAUGCUCAGACAGACUCAGUCCUCUGAGAUGCAUGAUUACAUCCUUGCUGUACAGAACGCUUUUGAGAGCGAGAUGGAGGAGCUCGACCAAAUCAUAGAGAGACUGGAACGUGAGAAUGUGGAGUCACAGUUCCUGUCAGCUCAGAACGCUCGUGUUCACCGCCAGGUGAUGGAGCGUCUUUGGACCCUGCAUAAAAAUCAAAUGCUUUCCCUACUGCGGAAGUGGAGGACUGACAUGCACAGGAUCAGGUCCUUGGUCAAUUCUUACAGAGGCCAGAUUUUGGAAGACAAUGAAAAGCAGCGAGCUGAGCUGGAGGAGCUCUCAGCCACUCUAGAGAAGCACUCCGAAGAUGUCAUGAAUGAGCUCCAGAGACAAUGCAGCAACAGCAAGGACUCCUUUCAGAAGUUAAUCACAAAGGAGGAGAAAGGAAAUGAUAUUUUAAAAAGCAUGGAGCACAUGGAGGUACCAAGGGAGGAGAUGGAGGAGCAACAGGAGUCUGAGAAGCAAAGCAAAAAAAAGGCAGAAAAGAUGGAGGAGCUGACGCUCGGAAACAAAGACUGUGCCAUGUCGCAGAUUAAGAAGGAGGCAAAGCUGAUGGACUCUGUGGCCAAUCUGCAAAAGAAGCUGAAGAAAGUUAAGGCACAGCAAAUGUCUUUGGAGGAUGUUCUCCCAAAAAAACACUUAAAAAGCAGUACCCAAAAGCUUAGGGACCAGUUCAACCAGUCCCAGCAGACCCACAAAAAUAAAAUCACCAACCUCGUGGUCAAAGCAGACAAGGCCUCCAAGAAAUUGAAGGCAGCCAUCGCUCAGGGGAAGAAGGUCGUACGAGCUGGCGAAAUGGCCCACAAACUGGAGAGCCAAGUUCUGCCGUUCUUGACACCAGAGGAGGAUGUACAGGAAGCUGAAACCAAUGAGCAGGAGCUUCCUGUGCUGUAUAAUCUGCAAUGCCACACAAACUGGGCCAAAAUGCAGCGAGACGCGAUGAGGAAGAACGUAAAGGACCUUAGAAAAGAAAACAGACAGAUCAAACUCCUUUUACAUCAGCAGCAGGAAAGCAUGAAGGUCAGCACACCGCAACUGGACCAACGCUUUGCCCUGCUCACUGUAACCCCUGCUACCGUCACCCCACCCAACACCAGCAGAUGCCACAGUGAGGCUGCUGCCUGUGCUGUCAAACCCUCACUGUAGGACUGAGACUAGUCCACAUAUUUAAGGAAAAAAAUAUUUUGUUUCUGUUAAAACAAAAACAAACUGCAAUAUUUGAUUAAAAAUAGGACUGUUUACUUUCUUAGCUGUAGGAAUUUGUUAGUUUUA